AUGCUGAGAAGGAAUCAUAGUAUUCAACAGGUCUUUAAAGCAUUCAACAGUACGCUCUCUGUGGAUUAUGCUGCUGCGCAAGCAUCGAUCGUUGGCGCUCCAGUUAAACAUGAAGAAAGGCAUACUCAAACCCUAACAAGCUCUUCAAUCAAUGCUUGCAGGUCAAUUUCGAAUGUCCGAGACACAUUGAGAGGUUUGGAAUCUCUGUAUGCCCUUCCCGGUGUUGAGUAUGGGCGGAGUACUCGAGACACUGUUUCUACAAAUCAACUGCGUGAAUACUUGAGGAGAAAAGAGUAUGUGGAUUUUCUGAUACACGUUAUGGUACAAAAUCAUUUGAAUCGAAAUUACAUAAAAUCACUAUUCGAGACCAAAGAACUAAGCACAUCAGAAUUCUCUACAUUUAUCAAUCGACUUCUACUAGAGAAAGAUCUAGAUCUAAAGUUAUCCAAUAUCAUUCCCGACACUGUGCAUACUGAAAUAAUAUUCAACCUUUAUCAAAUCUAUUGCACUUACGUGAUUAAAGAUUCCCAGAAUGGUCUAACGCCAUUACAAGUGCAUGAUAUCAACAGAUUCAUCAAGAGAUUCAUCGAUGAAGCGCAACUCAAAAAGGCACAGGAGUGUUUACAAUUCCUCAUUGACAAACAAGGACUGCACAACAUACUUCAAUCGGGUGAUGUAGAGACGAUUACUCAGUUCUUACAGCUGAGAUGUGGAGCACUGCAGAAAUUUUGGCGGGUUGAUUCAAACAGCACAAAGGUACUCGGUGAGGACAGCAAACAUUUCAAAUCACCGAAGUCAUAUAACUUGCUGAAAGAACAACCUUUUCUGGAGAUCGUCAACUUCCUUCUCAAGGAUAAAUCGUGGCGGUUAAGAAGUUCGCCGAUCAUUGACUCGGCCAUUGUCUACUCACUGAGUAAUUUGGGACAAACAAAACUCAUCGACCAGUAUAUUCAAUUGAAAUGGGGGAUAUCAGAAGACGGCCAUGUCGCAGUGAAGAAUGAAGCUGUCCCUGGACAUGAAGUACUCAUAAACAUAGUGUCAGCAUACUGCCUGAAAAAUGGAGAUACUGGCAAAGGAUUACGAAUUUUGGACCAAUUCAUGAAGAAGUAUCCACAGACUGAAUUGGAGAAACUGUUUUGGAGAAGACUACUACAACUAAGUUUCCAUAACUGGGACAAGCAGAAGGACAAGAAAGCAUUAGUUUGUCAUGGGUGUUGGAACAUCAUGAAACAAUGGCACGAACAAAAAGGUGUAAGUAUAACAUAUGAUUCCGGAACUUUAAGACUACUCUACCAGCUGUUUAAGUUCACUAGGAAUGGACGAGGUGCUGCAGAAGUUGUACGUACAUGUUUCUCUUCCGUAUACGCCAAACAGCCGUACCAGAUCUCAAAGGACGAGAUGGAUCUACUAUUAAUGUUUCAGAAGCUAGCGCUCAAAACCAUGGCACUCAAAGGACGUUACAAUGAACCUCUCCAGCUCAUCAAGGAGUGGAAUGUGGACAAAAUCAAUCAACAUUAUUUGCUUGAUUAUUUCAUGAGGCAUAGACGUAAAUAUGAUCUUACGCGGGAUAAGGCAAGGGCCAAGCAACAACAACAACAGGCCCAGUAUGAUAACAUGGAAGAGGAAGAUAUGUUACUGGGCAGACUGUGGUGA